UUGCUUGGUUGUAUCACCUUUAUCACUAUCCCCUUCUUUCUCCAUCAUGUGCAUCAUCCCACAAUAUCGCGCUACUGCUUCGGAGUGGCCUUUUAUGAUUGUACUGACGUUGAGAACAUAUUCCACUUCGUGUCCAACCACAGUCGCAUGUGGGCCCAGGCCUGUAAUCGCCUCGAUUAUUUAGGCAUUGUGGUCCUCGUCUGGAGUGCUAACGCACCCGUGGUUCGUUACGCACUGUCAGGCCUCCCAGACCUGCAGAGAAUAUACAGCUUGAUCAAUAUCAUCACGGCUGCUAUGAGUAUAGGGUUCAUCUUGGGCCAUAACUUUGGCCUUUCUGCGUUUAGAAAGUGGCGUGUACUCAUCUACAGCACAUCCGGCUUGGGUUCACUCGCGUCACUGUUACAUGGCCUCCAAAUCAAAGGCUGGGCAGUUCUGGGAGAUCAUCUGUCCCUUCGGUGGCUGGCUUGUACGAUGUCGCUUAAUCUCAUCGCCGCAGCUGUCUAUGCCGGAAGGAUCCCCGAGAGAUGGUUUCCAUAUAGGUUCGACCUCGUUGGGGCUAGCCAUCAGAUUUUCCAUGUCUUAGUUCUGGUAGCCACGUUCACACACCUAGCAGGUCUACUUGCAGCC